AUGACUGAUCAAAAUUUUAUUAUUGCAAAAGAAGAAGGCAAAAGUUAUCUCCAAAAAAAGGAAUAUGAAAAAGCAAUUUAAUCUUACUUAAAGUGCUUGACGUUUGAGGAAAUUAGCAAUGAGGAAUUAUCAAUACUAAAUCUCAACAUUGGUAUUUGUUAUAUGAACAAAGGAAAUUUAGAGGAUUCUUACUAAUUUAUAGAAAAAUCAAUUAGCUACAAUCCUAAUUAUUAGAAAGCGCAUUAUCGCAAAAUAUAAUGCUUAUUUUAAAUGGGGAAACUCCAAGAGUCUCUCAAUUUGUGCAGAUUUAUGAUCAAAUAGCACCCAGAAAUUUAAGAUUUUUCAACUUUAAUUAAAUAAAUUUAGGAAAAGAUAUUAAAAGAGCAGAGCUAGUCUGUUUCUUGGGAUUAGUUUUCAGAAGUAUUAGUGAAUGAAAAUAUUACUGAAUCUUCUUUGAAAGAAACACUUUUUUAGAUUUAAACCAAAAUAGAAUAAAGAGGAGAUCAUAAGAAGAUAUUUGUAAGUGGUGGUUUUAUUGAUUAACUUCUCAAAAAUUCAUCAAAAGCUUGCAAAAGUAAUAGCUUGUCUUUAAAUUUUAUUUUAAAUAACAUCUUCAAAAUCACUGAGGAAGAUAAGCACUUCUAAUUGUCUUAUGAAUCUAUUCCUUUUGCUAUUUAGAUAUUUAAGGACAAUCUCAAAGAUUUUAAAAAUGAAGCUAGUUAAAAAAUAGUCUUAGAUUCUUUAAGGAUAUUGCAGUAUUCAGAUAUUUUAGUGAGUGGUGAAAAUAUCCUAGAUGCUAUUUAAAAUUCUAAAUGUUAAGAAGAAAUAUUGUGCUCAUCAAUAUCUAUUUUAUCUAGUUGGUGUUAUAAUAAUGUUAACUAUUAUCUUUAGUUACUUAAUUCUUAAUAAAGUAUUCAACCUCUUUCAGAUAAAUUGUAAAGCAUUAUGGAUUGGACUGCAUAUAAGUUAAAAUCAGCUAAAAAAGGAGAUAUUCUUUACAAACAAUUUUUAUAGCUUUUAUUCAAAUUGCAAUUCAAACUCAAUCCAUUAUAUUUAGAUAAAAAGUAUUUCUAUAGAAAGGAUAAGCUUGCAAAAACAGACAUGAUUCUAAUUUAAGAAAUGCUUAUCUCAUCUUAUUAAAUGGCUGUACAAAAAGUAAUAGAAAACGACUUAUAAAGAUGCUUAUUUACUACUUAUUUAAGGAAACCAACAGAUAUUGUUAUAAUAGAUUGUAUUCUUUCUAUUUAUAGUAUUUUACUAAAAGAAUAAAAGUUUGUUGAUAAAGUCAUGCAAGACAUUGCCUUUUAAGAUUUUAAUAUUUAAAUCUAAAAAUUUUUGUCUUCAAAUCAGCAGGAGCUUACUUACAUAAUCAAAUAUGGUUUGCUUUUAUUUAAAACUAACAAGUAAAAACAACUCCCAGAGCUAGUUUCAUUCUUGAGAAUAUUUUCUUUUUCAGAAAUAUUUGAUAAGAUUUUAUUCAUAACAGAUGAAAAUUAAUUUUCAGAAGCUAUGGAGUUUAUAGGAUUCAUGAGUUGCUUUGAUUAGUUCAAAGUCGAAUUGAUAGAGACAAGCAAGGGAAUUUUGAAAAAGCUUAGCUUAAAAGUCAAUUUUGAUAUCUACGAACAAGGAUUAAACUGGCUCAUCACUAUUAGCAACCUUUGCUUUGAUCAACUCAAAGACUACGAAUCAAAACAAAAAGAUAGAUUUGGUCUUUCAGAAGAUAAAUUGGUUGAAUUAAAAUAAUUCGAAGAGAAAUAUCGUCCUGAUGAAGUGAAAUAAGCUAAAGAGAUAUUUAGGUACAAUGAAGAAUACAUUAAGAAAAAACAAAUAUCUAAAAUAUUACUUGACGAUGUUGGGGUUAUCAAAUAUCUUUCUUAAUAUAUCACAAAAUCUGGUAAAAAUUAAUCUAAUAUGAUUGUCACUUAUUUGGCUUAGCUUUUGUCCAAGUUAAUCGUCUUAAACUAAAGUUAUUCAAAUUAAAUAGAUAAAAGUUUAUUUGAUAAAAAUCUGAUUAUUUACUCUUCAAGAGCUGUACAUCAAAUUAGCCAAUAGAAAACCAAUGAUUCAUCUUAAAUUAUAAUACAAUUUACAACAUAUAUCAGCAAGCUUGUCAAAGAUUGCAAUCCUAAUAUUUUUUAAUACUCAGAGGUUCAUAUAAUACUUGAUGCACUUUUUAAAGGCAUAAAAGAGAGUCAACAUGAAUUGCUUACGUUUGAAAUACUUCUGAGCCUGGUUCAAAUGACUUCUCUAGGAGAACAAACAACCACAAAAUUAGUUAAUACAGAGACAUUGAAUUUACUAUAAAAUUUAUUGAUGGAAGAUAAAAAUUACUAUAUUGUCCAUGGAGCAUUAGAAGUUAUUAACAACAUUUGUUUAAAUGAUAAAAUGAUGGAGAGAAUUUGCAAUAUGUCAACUUUGUAAAAACUUAUUUUUGCUCACUUCGACUACUGCUAUGAAUAACUGCUUAAAUAAAAACCUGAGGAGAUAAAUAAUAGCUACGAUUAGCCUAUUAAAAUUAUUAACACAAUUUACAAUAUUCUUGCUAUAAAUGCAAGCAAUUAAUCCUUCAAAGAAAAGAUUUUAAAUCAUGUAUGCUCAAAACCAGAUACUAUAGCUAUACUUCUAUAAAAAUACUCAAAAAAUGAUGGUUACAUAAGAAUGGAAUUCCUUUAUAAGUUUAUUUUUAUGACUGAAAGUGUGAGAGGUAAAAAAUUUAGUGCUUAGGAGAAGCAAAUAAUUAAAAAAAUGUAUGAAGAAAUCAAAGAAUAAUAUAAAAAAGAAUGCAAUGGAGUAAUUCCUAAAAAUGACACUAGGUUUGAAUAUAUGGAUUCAGUUAUUAACUGA